ACUGUACAGCUAAAAUAAAUGUGAAUAUCACGCCCAUCUACACCAGAGGGCAGCAUUGUAGUGGAAGCAUUGAAGAUGUUCUGGCAGAAUUACCUCUCGGAUGAAAUCAUUGCUGGGUUUGACAGAUAUAAAUACAAUGCAGUUGACACUAAUCCUAUUAGUAAUUACCUCAGUCACCCAUUUUGGAAUUGGGUUGUAAAGCAUCUCAUACCAAGAUGGCUGGCUCCAAAUUUGAUGACAUUACUUGGUUAUCUCUUCUUCCUACUGAAUGUGGCAGUAAUGGCAUAUUACGACCCACAUUUUUAUGCUUCCAGCAGGGAUCACCCUGAUAAUCCCCCAGUGCCUGACUGGGUGUGGUUGUUUUGUGCUAUGUGUAUCUUCCUGUCAUACACACUAGAUGGUUGUGAUGGCAAACAAGCCAGGAGAACAGGUUCUAGUACUCCACUGGGAGAGCUGUUUGACCAUGGCCUGGACAGCUCCAUCACCCAUGUCACACCUGUGGUCUUAUACUCCAUAUUUGGGCAAGGGGAGUUUGGAAUCUCUCCAAUCAGAGUGUAUUUUGCUAUUUGGUGUGUGAUGGCAUGUUUCAUCUUUUCCCAUUGGGAGAAAUAUAAUACUGGAGUUUUGUAUCUUCCCUGGGGAUAUGAUAUAGGACAGCUGAGUAUAAUUUUGGCCAUGACCAUCACUUACUUCAGGACUUAUUUAUUCUGGAAAUUUGCUAUCACCAUUCCAUUUUUGAAUAAAACUUUAGACUCUGGAGACCUUGCAGAAAUCAGUCUGUAUGUUGGCUCUGGCAUGUCCCUCCCCAUAUCGCUGUAUAACAUAUACCGUUCUUAUCGGGACCAAACGGGUAAAAUGCGUUCACUAUGGGAGGCCAACCGUCCCUUAGUUUGUACCACUAUUCUAUUUGUAAGCUACACAGUGUGGAUUUGGAACUCAAAGUGUGCUGUACUAGAUAAUAACCCUAGGAUAUUUCUGUGGACAGUAGGGACUUCUUUUUCAUAUUUUACGGUUCGGUUGAUAAUAAGCCAGAUGAGUAACACAAGGUGUGAGGUUUUCCACUGGCUUCUAGUCCCAAUCAUCAGUGCAACCUGUGUGGUGGUUGUCUGUGAUACAGCCCAGUAUGAACUGUUCAUAUUAUAUGGGUUAAGUGGCCUGGUCACAACCGCCUGGCUACACAUGGGCAUGUGUGUUGUAUGGCAGAUGGCUGAUCACUUUCAGAUACAUGUAUUCUCAUUAUCCAAACCACAACAAAAUAGCAGGAAGGAGUCAUGAAGAUAUUGGAAAAUAGGAAGCAAAAACUGAAUUUGUAUAGGAGUGAUUUGCUGAAUACUAGACAUUUGGGUGUAAAAUCUCUUCCUUGCUACAUGAACUCUCUUUGUUUGAUAACAAAAAUGGCUAGUGUUUAUCUUCUUAGUGCAUUUUGUAAAAUCUACAUGUACUUGUUGUGUGAAGAUAUUCUCCUUCUCUUACCAUCCCUUUUCCUUUUUACUUCUUGUAUACCAAAGAUUAUUGUACCUGAACUAUAAAAUGUUAGACAAAAAAUUAUUUUUUAGUUUUCAAAUCUAGCCCAAAUGCUCAUUUGAAAUUAAUGUCAUACUUGCUGUUGAUAGGAUUUUUCACAUUAUUUACAACAGAAAUGUGAUUUUUGUCAAAUCAGUAUUAUUUUGUUAUCAAAUUACUUCAAACUAUUAAUAGUUGUAUUCUGUAUUUUAUUAUAAUAAUCAAAAUUUUAUGGCACAAACUGCAAACCCAUUUUAUUUGACAGUUAAAUUUGAUUAAAAAGUUAAAUGUUCAAAUAAAGAGUGAAAAUUCACUGCUCCUCUUCUGUAGGCAUAUUCUGUGAGAGCUGGCAUUUUUUACUUUGCACCUUUUCUGAUUUAGAAAUCUAAUGGAAUACCUUUUACAAUAUGCUGUAAAUUUGAUUGGUGAUAAAUUUAGUCUUUUUUCCUCUUUUUUGAACAUACACUUAACUGCAAGACAAGUCUUUUGAAGAAUUAAAUACUGGUGGCAGUUUUGUCUUUUCUAGCUUGAACAAUAUCAAGGAAUAGAUGUUUUCAUAAAAUAACCUUGUUAGACACAUAAUUACAGUCUUUCAGUUUUAUAUGUUUUAUUUGCCUGAUAGUUGUCUGCAUGCAUUUUGAAGCUUCCACGUACAAUAUUACACCAGAGCAGGAAAAACACUUCACAUAACUGAAAAUUGGUCUUAAUGUUAAUUAUGCUUACUGUUGCAGCAGAGUUAAAUGUAAAUAUUUUUGUUCUUAGUAAAUUCAAAAAAAGACACUAGUAAAAGGACCAGAGGGGUGUAAGCUGGCAAAAGACAAGUCUGACUGUGUGUUGCACGUUUUUUGGUUUUAUUAAGGCUUCUGUGAUCUUAGGAAACCUGACAUUGUAAUUUUCUCAAACAUAAAUGUUUUGGGCCAUGUUAUGCCAUUUACACUGCAAAUUAACUGGUCUUCAAUGGGUAAAGUAUGGACCAACAUGAUUAUAUGAAACAAAGGAAGACAUACACCUGUUUAAACUUAUGUUGAAAUUAGAAAAAAGUUGUAUACAUAGUGUGUCAGAGGUAUUCAACUGAUCCAGUUUGUUAGAAUGCAGACUAUGCCUGCAGUUACAUUUUAUAAUAUAAGUAAUUAAAAAAUGUUUUAUA